CGUGUGUUUAUUUACUGUUCAAAUAUUUCUGCAUUAGUGACGUGCGUGACCGUGACGUCACAUCGCAUCUUCCGCACAAGUUUACGAACUAAAGAAACUCCGACCUAGCUCAUUGGUUUAGAGUGCAUUGUCGUUUGUUCUAUCAUGGUUUGUUUACCUUUCUGUUCGCUAAAAUAUAUAAAUAUAAAAUAUACCGCGACACCGGCUCAGCGAAUUCAACCAUAAUUUAAGCCUGGCAGGACGGCUAAAGAUGGAUUAUGUGCCGGAGAAACUGCACUCGCAAAGCGCCACGACACUAACCAUUGUCGCGGCUACGAUAGGCUUGAUUAUUACUCUGCUCACACAGAGGCUGAAGUCAACAUCGGCUUCUGUAAAAGGAAACGACUUGGUGUUACAGAAUCUACCACCAGUGAUACCACAUUCAGUUCCAUUUUUGGGACAUGCAGUAGCAUUCGGUCAGGACCCAAUCAACUUCCUGAAAACAGCGUAUGACAAGUAUGGUCCAGUCUUCUCUUUCACGAUGGUGGGCAGCACGUUUACCUACCUGGUUGGCUCUGAUGCCUCAGCACUCUUCUUCAAUAGCAAAAAUGAAGAUCUGAAUGCUGAGGAUGUUUAUAGCCGGCUUACCACGCCUGUGUUCGGCAAGGGUGUCGCUUACGAUGUGCCAAACCAGCUAUUUCUUGAGCAGAAAAAAAUAUUCAAGACUGGCUUGAAUAUUGCUAGAUUCAGGACCCACGUAUCACUGAUAGAAGAUGAAACACGGGAGUACUUUAAAGCGUGGGGACACAAGGGAGAAAGGGAUAUAUUCGAGGCACUCUCCGAACUGAUCAUCCUCACAGCCUCCCGCUGUCUGCAUGGGUCCGAGGUCCGAGACUUGUUUACCGAGAGCAGCAAGAUAUCAGAACUGUAUAAAGACCUGGAUGGAGGAUUCAACCAACUCGCAUGGCUCCUUCCUGGAUGGCUUCCAUUUCCCAGCUUCUUGAAGCGAGAUAGGGCGAGGUUGGAAAUGGAAAAGAUGUUUCGCAAGGUUAUAUCUGCUCGGCGAGCAUCUGAACCAAAGGAUGACAUGCUGCAGACACUAAUUGACUCCACAUACAAGAAUGGCAGCCACCUGACAGAUCAGGAGAUUGUUGGGAUGCUCAUCGGUCUGCUUAUGGCAGGUCAACACACAUCUUCCACAACCAGUGCCUGGCUGGGUUUCUUCAUUUCCCGGCAUAAGCAUGUGCAGGAAGCUCUGUAUGAGGAGCAGAAGCUGGUCUGCGGUGAGGCCUUCCCUCCGCUCGCCUAUGAUCAGCUGAAGGACAUGACCUUGCUCGAGCGCUGCAUUAAGGAGACGCUGAGACUGCGGCCACCUCUGAUGACCGUCAUGAGGAUGGUUCGCUCACCGCAGACGGUACUUGGAUAUACCAUACCGCCAGGACACCAGAUUUGUGUUUCACCUAGUGUGAAUCACACACUCAACAGCACUUGGGGGGAGAGUGCGGAAGAGUUUGACCCAGACAGAUUUCUGGGAGUGUCCGCCACCACGAUCAGCGAGAAGUUCGCCUACUUGCCGUUCGGUGCGGGGCGCCACCGUUGCAUCGGCGAAUUCUUCGCCUACGUGCAGAUCAAGGUCAUCUGGUCGGUGCUGGUACGCACGUUCGAGUUUGAGCUGGCCGACGGCUACUUUCCUCCGGUCAACUACCAGACGAUGAUCCACACGCCAACCGAUCCAGUGAUCCGGUACAGGCGACGCGUGUAGGCACGCUGUGCAUACGGCCAGGUGCUCUCUCUCUCUCUUUCCCUCUCCCUAUCUCUGUCUAUCUCUCUCUCUCUCUCUCUCUCUCUCU